UCUCUUCGUUCAUUGUCUAUAGCUAGAGAGAGUUGAAGCUAGCAAUGGAUGCAAAGCAAAGUGAUUUGAGAUUGAGAGUAUUGAUGUUCCCAUGGUUGGCUCAUGGCCAUGUUUUCCCCUUUCUUGAACUAGCAAAGGGCCUAGCCAAGAAACACCUCCGUGUCUACUUCUGCUCCACGGCCAUCAACCUCGACUCCGUAAAAAACAGUCUCAACAACGACGAUGAUAUCCCGAUCGAGCUAGUCGAACUCCCUCUCCCAUCCAUCCCUGACCUCCCUCCACACUACCACACUACCAAGAACAUCCCACCCCACCUCAUGCCCACCCUCUUCAAGGCCUUCCAGAUGUCAGCCCCGGCCUUCUCCGACAUCAUCGCCAACCUCAAACCCGACUUGCUCAUCUUCGACGUCAUGCAGCCAUGGGCAGCCAAGGCCGCCGCUUCACAGGGCGUCCCCCCAGUCUACUUUGCCACGUCAGGCGCCACGACGUUCGCAUUAGCCCAUCACUCCUACACACACAAGAAUUGGGACUGUUUCCCUCACCAGGCAAUAAGUCUUAGAGAUUAUGAGAAGAAGAGAAUGGGAGAUGCUGGUAAAACCAUUCAAAUAGCAGAUGCAGGGGAAGGCUUUGUCUUUGGGGUCUUCGACCUAUCAAACGACAUCGUCUUGAUGAAAACAUGCCGCGCUUUAGAGGGGAAGUAUGUAGAUUAUCUCUCCACCAACUGUGGGAGAAAGAUUGUGACAACUGGUCCACUGAUCACAUUCGCUGACAAUCAAGAAACUGGUGGCUCAGAGAUCAUGGAGUGGCUUGGUGAAAGAGAGGAUGGCUCAACUCUUUACAUAUCAUUUGGGAGUGAGAAUUAUCUGUCAAGGGAGCAAAUGAGGGAGAUAGCAAUAGGUUUGGAGAUAAGUGGUGUCAACUUCAUAUGGGUUGCUAGGGAGCCUGCUGGGAGUGAGGUCUCCUUAGAAGAUGCAGUACCUGAAGGCUUCCUCGAAAGGGCUAAGCAGAGAGGGCUGGUGGUCCGGGGGUGGGCUCCACAGGCGGCAAUUCUGGCGCAUCCGGCUGUGGGCGGAUUCAUGAGCCACUGUGGAUGGAGCUCAAUCACGGAGAGUUUGUAUUUUGGGGUGCCGGUGGUGGCCAUGCCUCUGAAGCUCGAUCAGCCGAUUAACGCUAGGCUCGUGGUGGAGGCUGGCGUAGGCGUGGAGGUGGCGAGGGACGAGGAAGGGGGGCUCGAUGGGAACGGAGUGGCGGAGGCUGUGAAGGAGGUGCUUGUGGAGGAGGGUAAGGAGAGGUUGAGGAGUAGAGCGAGAGAAAUGAGUGAGGAGGUGAAAAUGGAGGGAGAUGAAGCAUUUGGUGAAAUUGCACGAGAGCUGACAAAAGUUUGUGCUAGGAAAUGAUCAAGAAA